AUGUCCGACACCAUCGCGGACCAUGUCGGACGCGCUCUCGCUGCCUUCCGUGUCCUUGUUGAACCAAAUGACAAGCUCAACUUCGGUCAGUCGUGGAUCCUUCCGCGGAUCAAGGAUGCACAGUCAAAGUUCAUUGCAUGGGCUAACGACAUAGGCGCGCAGAAAACCGACACCAGCUCUCUCGACCAUCGCCUUCGAAACGCUUCCCGGAUGAAGAAUUUGGAGGUUAAGCUCCUGGCGAAGCUGGUUGAUUUUCUGGAAGAAGCCAGAGCGAUCGCCACGGGAGAGGCAACUCCCUGGGACCAGCUCGAAGACGAAGUGCUGGACCCCGAUAGCGGUCUCCCAAUCACGGAGCUGGGCCAAAUCGCCAUCGAUGGCGUCGAACAUAUGGUUGACUCUCUGGUCGAGCUCAACAGAACUCUUGAGAGCCUGGCGCCGGGUUUCCUGCCCGACGCGACAUACCCGGCUGACGCUUCCCAUUCUGAACCAUCAGACACCCAGCACAUCCAGUCCGAGUUUCCGACGAUCGAGCCACCGGCCGAGCCGGCCGUUUUCGAGGACGGGGGUUCGGAAACUGGAGCAUCCCAGACCUCGCAUGCGGCAUCAGUGGCCUGUUCGGACGCGCUCCAAAUCCCUUCGAUGCCUGAGGAGGCCCAGGCCGAUCCGUUCCGGUGCACCCUGUGCCUCGUGAAGAUCACGGCAACCGACCGCACCUCGCGGAGGCACGAGUGGCUGCAGCACCUCGAGAGGACCCAUUGGCACGUCUAUCCGUGCCCGUUGGGCUGCACAUCCAUCUUCAGAUCCGCCUCUCUCUGCAGCAGUCACUUGACCUGGCAUCAUGCGUGCUCCUUAGCGCAAGGCGAAAUUGACUUAAUGGUCCGGCUUGCCUCACGACCACUCGACAUCGCCACUGAGAUCCCAUGCCCGUUCUGCGGCGACAGGGAAGUGCAACGGUCAAAGGAGGAGCACCAGCGCCACAUCAGACGCCACCAUGAGCAGCUAUCCGCUCUUUGCCUUGACUAA